AUGACAGCCAGUCUCCUCUCCUGUGGUCUGGCCUCAACUCUUGCGCCAGCGGCGUUGGUUGCAAAGCGGCAACCGGCUUUGGUGCUUCCCUCGGGAAACCAGAUUCCGCAUCGAGUGAUACCUGCUCGUCGCGGCAACGCUGCCCACUCUGCUAACACCUCCACUGCGGCCUCAACUUCUUCCACAACCACGAAUGUUCGUGACCGUCGAGCCUCUGCACCUCAAGGGGAAAGGGAAUCGACAGUGCGCGUACGAUUUGGCUCCACUUUUGGCAUUCACCACGGUUCAUUUCCGCACUGGACUAAAAGCGAGGCAGUGACUUCUCCUCCUUCACCUCCACUGACACAAUCGUUAUCACGGCAACAACAAGCGCCACCUUCCACAGAAUCAAAGCCACUUGCUCUUCCAUCGUCAAAUUAUGCCAAUCAUCUCCUCACCGAUUUGGAGGGUGUUUCGGAAUAUUCAAGAGUCCCCUCCAAUAAACCAAAGGACCAGGUCUCCUUGCCUUCCUCUUCGACUUCUUCCCCUCCUUCUUCCUCGUCUUCUUCCCCCGACUCGGAUGAUGGCACUUCCUCCUCCACCUUCAAAUACCAGAGGCGGAGAAGUCGAGCUGUUCUCUAUCACCUCUCAGGCCGAUUUGACAAAAAGAACAAACACAACAAGCUCAAUUUUAAAAGCGUUGUAAAAGGGGACAGUGUCAGUGAGGUAGGGGCGAAAUUGGCCCUAUGUCUUGUGCAGGUCUACGUAGGUAAACAUCGUAGAUGUAAUUAUGCAAGUUGUUUGUUCCUCUUCGAUACUGUGCAGAAACUGGAGCAACCUAAUCAAUUUAAGCAACAAACUUCAAACCCAUGUUUCAACUGA